CUCCCGGGGCAUUCGGCAGCAUGAUCCUCCCCAGAUCGUUCCUGAGAUACCAGAGGUCUCCUCAGUUCUUUUCGGAAUUCAUAUUGUCCAAGCUGCAUUUGUGGUUACACCAUCAUCACGAUUUGGAAUUGGUUUACAGGGGUUUACCAGCUCGACAUGGGACUUGACGCGGUGCCUAGGGAAAUUUUCUCUCGCAUCAUCGACACCGUAUUAAGCAGCAGCAAUACAAGAUGGGGCGAAGGUCUUGGGCUUCGCCGCGUCAAUCGGUUGUGGGACCACGAGAUUCACGCAGCUUAUUUCGACCGAACGACUGUAAACAAGGAGUUGGAUUGGCACCAUUACAAUCCAGGAGUUGUUCACCUGUACCGAUACGUACUUGGACGGAUUUCUUCUCAGCGCGAACAGAACCAGUUCUACACAAACAUUCGAGCCACAGUCGACCUGCUGAGCUCUAUCAACCUCUCAUGGCAGGAAGAUGCCCAGACCAAGAUAUUUGCAGCCAUUCGGUGUAAGAUUCCUGCUGAAGCAUUCGUAUGCCAUUCUGAUGUGGAGGUUCUCGUCGUAUUCGGUUUUCUCGGCCUUCUUCGAGAGCCAAAGCUGAUGUAUUUGGAUCGUUUGGAACGUUACAGCAUUCAAAUGGAGCCCUGGAGCUGGGCAAUGGUGACUGUCAUCCUACUCAACGACGUACAGUUGGUCAAAGUGUUAUUGGAGGGCAAACCUGAAAGAAACGCUCACAAAAAUGAACUUCUUUCCGAGCCACUGCGAGUAGCGGUUACUAGCAAGAACUACGAUCUUGUCACUUUAUUCCUUGAAAAUGGCGCACAUCUGGGAUGCCCACCAUAUUAUGCCCUGUCACGCAUCGGAUGCAGAACGACCCUUCAAUAUGCUUGUGUCGCUGGAGAUGUCAAGAUGGUCGAGAUUUUGCGAGGGCCGGAGUACACAAUCCAGACGGACUGCUUGACACUCGACGGCGCGAUGGACUUUACGGCCGUAGCGAUCAAAAAUCAUCGGGACCGAGAAGCUUCCUAUGUUCGAAUCAUGAAAUGUCUCGUGCAGACAUCAGACCCUGAACAACAGAAAGGGCUACGAGAGUACGCCAUGUACCUGGGGAUCACACACGAGCUUGAAUCUAUCGUCUUGAUGAUCCUCGGACUCGGGCACGACGUUGAUGGCCACGAAGGCCACUCCCCUCUGAAGCAAGCAGCCUCUGUGGGAAACCUUGAGAUUGUCGAAAUUUUACUUGACCAUGGGGCCACAACAAGUUCGGACCAUAAACGGGAUGCGAUAUGGUCUGCUUGCAUGUUUGAGCAGCCAGGUGUGCUGGAAGUGUUAUUCAAGAGAGCCAUUACAGUUCCUGAGUAUGGUCAGUCUCCCUUAGCGAGCCACCUUCUCUCCCUUGUCCGAGAUGGGCCACGUGGUCAGGUGUGGUGUCACAGGUUUUGUCUCCAAGUCUGGAAAACCUGCUGCCAUUACGGCUUGGACUUGACCAUCGACAAUUGUGGACAAAGGGCUUUAGCGCUCGCAACAGGCCCCUCAUUCCGGCUGCUCAGAGAAUUUCUGACCUCCUCUCUGCAAUCUUUGCAAUCCUCAGAUUCCGUGAUGGCUGAUGGGUCUGGCGCGUCUAUGCGAGCCACGACAAAAACUUCCAAUACCGAAACGAUAUCAUGAUACCUCAAAAAAGCCGGACGACUUGACUCAUAGCGUGGUGACAGCCAACAAAUCAUGGUGAAUAAGAGGUUGUUCAUCCGGCGAAAUGCUACAGAGGGCAGCUUUUCUGGCGUACUUCUUUGGUGACUUCGAGUGAGUGGGUUGUGUUUACUGUUUUUCUCCCGUCCAAGUGGUCAGGCAGCUUGUUUCAGAGAGCA